AUGUCCACCAACAACGCCGCCCAACGAGUGUUCGAAAUCUACGAGCUACUCGAGAUGAUCAUUUGCCAAGUUCCAGCUCAUCGCGUGCGCGAUCUGAAGAAGGUUUCGAGGGUUUGGAAGGAUGUUGUCGAGAGCUCGAGCGCAGUCAGUCGUGCCACACGACUCCGCCCCAAUCUUGCGGCAGACCCCUGCUGUAAGGAUAGAGGAACCCCACUCUCGAACUCCAUGUUCAGGGUGGUACGCAGCGUACUCAUCAACUGCUUCAAACCAGUAUGCUACCCACCCGAGGCCUGGAUUCGACUCAACCCUGCGCUGCGAGCAGUGUCAGAGCUCGACAAGCGGAUGCUCCGCUUGGUGCGCGGCUAUCGGACACGUAUAAACGUACUCCUGUCGGAUACCUUGGAGGAGGAACCGGGGCUGAUGGAGCAGUAUGUUACCGAGCCACCCGUCUGCGCGAUCAGCCUCCAGAUCAAGCACCGGCGAGCAAGGUGCAAUUCGUCGGGACUCAUGUGGACCUACUGGAAUACCAACCUCGGCGAGGAAAAUCGCGUCACUGCAUACAGCAGAUCGGGUCUCAAGAUCAAGGAUCUAAUGGCUGUCAGAUUCGAGCUCCAGAAGGCUCAGCGGAGCUAUCUGCAAAUGCCAAGUCCCAGUGGCACAAGCGUCAUCGCGUCGUUCUGGGUUCAAGAUCAAGACGAUUCCGGUGACGAGACGAGGACUUGGGGUAAUGCAGGAUUCAAGAGCCACCAGAACAGUCCCGAGCUUGCAUAUUUCGAGGGAGACUUGCCACGCUUCCGUGGCAUGAUCCAUGCGUCCGAGGAAGACCGGGAGGCUGCUGCCGAGAAAGAUGCUGAGCUUGCGCUUACACCGGAGACGUUGAGGGAGUCGACCUUGGAGGAGUGCUUCUAA